CUAAACAAACCAACAAAAAAAAUCUUGGUAUUCAUUUGAUUAAAAAAUUAAAAUGAAUUUUACGUCAUUUAUGAGCGGUAGAGGGUACCGAGUUCUAAAUUAAUUUUUUUUUUGUUUUCGGAUCAUUGAUUGGUGGUUAUGUCCAGCACCAUAUGCUUGCAUUCAUGAUCUGAGCAAAAUAUUUGAAAAUAAACAAUUCGCUUAUAUAAAAAAAAAUAGUUUAAAAUGGAUUCAUUCAGCGAUGCACAAGAUUUACUGGAAAAUCUUCAACCAUCCGAUCAUGAUGAUGGUAUUUCACUGAACCAUGAACAGACAACAACAAAUAAUACGGAUUUAUUAACCAAUGUAAAUAACAAUAAUUCAUUAUUUGCCCAUCACCAUCAUCAACAACAACAAGAGCAAUCAUAUCGUUCUGCGAAUAAUCAUAAUAACAAUGGCCACAAUUGUGGUGAUGAAAAACCAUCCAACAGUGAUAAUGAAAAUGAUCAUCGAAUGUUGACGAUUGUAAUGUCAAACGAACAUCCAGAACAACGACAAUCAUCGCCGGUAGCAACAGCCAUACCGGCAACACAAUUGGCAAAUGUUGAUAAAUCACAAAUUUUAACCAUGAUCCAUUUGUUGAAAAAAUAUAAUUUUAAUGCAACGGAAAAAAUUCUAUUGAAAGAAACGGCGAAUUUUAUCAAUGAUGAUGAUAUUAAAAAUUUGGCCAAUGUAGACCCGUUGAAGGAGACGAAUUUCUCAUCACUGGUAUAUCAGACGGAAGAAAAUCCAAACAUUUAUGAAGAUAACUAUAAACAGUUACAACGUUUCGUCGAUAGUUCAUUGGAUUCAUAUCGACACGAAUUAUCGAAAUUGUUGUAUCCAGUAUUCGUGCAUAUGUAUCUGGAAUUGGUUUGCAGUGGUCAUGAAGAACAGGCCAUUUCAUUCAUGCGAUUAUUCGGUAAACAACAGGAAUUUUGUUACACCGAUGAUAUCAAUCGAUUAUCAUUGAUUACGAAACGUGAUCAUUUAUCCAUGUACAACGAAGUAUUGGAAAGUUUUCGAAAUUCACAACAAUUAUAUACAAUACGGCUGUCAAGAGAUUCGUAUAAUUAUCUCAAACGAUUUCUCCAGGAUAAAUCACAAACAUCCAGUGGUAAAGCGACCAUUUUGGUAAACAUUAUUCAGGAACAUUUGUUCAUCGAUGUUUAUGAAGGAUUGACUCGUAGUAAGAUGAAUGUCGAAGCAUUAUCGGGCGCAAUGUUUGGUGAAGCGAGUCGAGAUAUAAAUAAAAAACGUGUCUAUUAUGGCCUAUUCAAAGAACCGGAUCUUAAAAUCGAUAUGUUUGAUUUGGAUAUCGAUCUCGAUUGUUCAAGUCAACAUAAUGUCAAUUCGAAUGAUGUUUCGAUGAACGAUGCAACUGGUGGAUCAUCGACAACCACCACUGGUCAUGCAUCAUUUUCGAUGAAGAAGAAAAAAAUGAAAAAAGAUUCCAGUCAUUCGAAAAAAGCUCGAAACGAUCCGAACGCACCGCCGUUGACAAGGAUACCGAUACCCGAAUUACGUGAUACUGAACAGCUGGAGAAACGAAGAGCGAAAAAAGAAGCUACUAAGGCAUUGAAAUUAGAAAAUGAUCUUCUUCCAUCCAUAUGUUUGUAUACAUUGUUGAAUGCUCAACAAACGACGAAUGAAACGAGUGCCAUUUGCGCUGAAAUAUCAGAUGAUUCUACGCUGUUGGCUGUUGGAUUUUCAGAUUCAUUCAUACGGAUAUGGCCAUUAACACCGGGCAAACUUCGUGGCCUCAAACCGGCCAACGAAUUAGAACAUUUGGAUAAAGAAUCUGACGAUGUUAUAUUGCGUAUAAUGAUGGACAUGGGCGGUGAUUUAAAGAUAUUAUUUGGCCAUAGUGGCCCUGUUUAUGGUCUCAGUUUCAGUCCAUGUCGUGAUAUGUUAUUAUCGUGUUCAGAGGAUACAACCAUUCGUCUUUGGAGCCUUUUAACAUGGACCAAUGUUGUCGUCUUUAAGGGUCAUUGUUUUCCCGUUUGGAAUGUCAAAUUCAGCCCACACGGUUAUUAUUUUGCAUCCUGUUCACAUGAUCGCACAGCUAGACUUUGGGCUACCGAUAAUCACAAUCCUUUGCGUUAUUUUACUGGUCAUUUUGCCGAUGUUGAUUGUGUACAAUUUCAUCCAAAUUCCAAUUAUGUGGCUACCUCAUCAUCUGAUCGUUCAAUUCGUCUGUGGGAUUGUCUGAAUGGUCAAUGUGUUCGAUUGAUGACCGGUCAUAAAGAUAAUGUCCAUGUUUUGGCAUUCGAAAAUUCCGGUCGAUUUUUAGCAUCGGCCGGCGCAGAUAAACGAAUUUUGAUCUGGGAUCUGGCUUCUGGUCAUUUGGUAGCCGAUUUUUCCGGUAUCCAUACGAAUUCCAUUUAUACGCUGGCAUUUAAUCGUGGUCCCGAAUCAAUAAUAUUGGCAUCUGGUGGUCUUGAUAAUCGUGUCAUUCUCUGGAACAUGAAAGCAUUAGUGGAUGAUUUAGAUUUCCAGGAAUUGACUCCAACAUCCAUGCCUACGAUUAAAUCAAAAAGUGAAACCUAUUUAUUGGCGAAAUAUCCAACAAAAUCCACCUAUAUACUAUUGAAUCAUUUCACACGUCGUAAUCUGUUGCUAUCGAUUGGUGCAUUUCAUCAAUUAUCAUCAUCAUCAUUAUCAUCAGCAUCACAAUAAAAAUUGGACAAUUUUUUUCAUUUAUAAAAAUUUCUUUGGAAAAGUAAAUUCUAAAAACCCAGUCGAUAUUGGAAAAGUGACUACUAAUGCUACUAAUUUAUGGUGAUCACAAAAUGCCCAAACGCCCACUCACAUAAUAAUUUGGAAUUGGCUAAAUAUAUCUCAAAUGAUGAUUCCAUUGCCAGGGUGGGAUGAGAACAACAAAAUAAUGAGGGGCACCAGGAACCGACGUUUUCCCGUCACGUAUGCAGAAUUUCUUAUCAUUUGAUUUGAAAUUUUUGUGAAGGCGUCGCAUUGUAUCGUAUCCGAUCACUGUACCUGUACAUGUUUGAUUUUCAUCACUAAUUCCAGCGAAUUGCCUUAAACUUCGAACUCGCGUUUUGUCAUAAUGUAUUAUUCAAAAAGGGAGAAUCUCUCUGUGAGCCCAACCCAUCGAUGAAUUGAAUUGAUUGAUUACCCUCCGGUCUAUAUGUGAUCACUGAUUUUGCAUUGAAUGAAUUAUGAAUUUAAAAAAAACUCGAUUUUCUCAUUCGUUCGUGUUCACGGUGAUGGUGGUGGCAAGUCACAAGACUGCAUGAUCCAUCCAUAACCGGCCUUUGUUCUAUCUGAGAACUCAUACACAUCCAUAAUGACAAUAUGUUUCUAUUUUAUCAUCAAAUCAAUAAAAAAUUUCUUAGA